AUGGCAUUYAGCGCAUGUGUUUUGACAGUAAGCGACACGUGCAGCAGCGCGUGUCCCGCGCAGGACAAAAGCGGGCCACUGUUGGUCAAGCGGUUACAGUCAACGGGAUUUACGGUAAUCGAGUCCCGGAUAGUAGCCGAUGAUGGCCAACAAAUUCAGUCUACACUUAAACGUUGGUGCGAUAAUACCCGACAACCCGUUGACCUAAUAUUAAGCACCGGUGGUACAGGAUUUACAGCACGUGAUGUGACACCCGAAGCUACYGAUGCUAUUAUCGAUAGGAAAGCGCCGGCAAUUWGCCAGGCCCUWAUACAGGGAUCACUWAAGGUGACACCUAUGGCCAUGUUAUCCAGAUUGACAGCCGGUAUACGCAAACAGACACUAGUGAUCAACUUUCCCGGUAGUUGUAAGGCAUGCGAUGAMUGUUUUACAAUAGUCGAGCCUGUAUUAGGUCAUGCCAUCGAUCAGCUCAGGGGCAACAUUGGAGGUACAGCUGAAAUGCACCGGCAGAUUCAGCAACCGAUAUACAAAAGUUUGUCUAAAUAUGAUAAUAACUUAACUAAUAGGAUAUGUCGGUACCGUCCCAGACAUUCRCCAUUUCCAAUGAUAUCGAUGGACAGGGCUAUCCARWUGGUAAUCCAKGAGAUMAUACCCAUCCAGGACACGGAACUAUURACAAUUGAUACASAAAAUUAUCAUAAAUUAAAUCAUMGGAUACUAUCUGAGGAUAUCAAGGCUCUGGUACCAUUACCACCGUUCAGGGCAUCGAUUAAAGAUGGCUAUGCAGUGAUCGCCUCCGAUGGYAUCGGUCCGAGAAAAGUGUUGUCCACUGUAGCUACUGCUGGCCAGUCAGUCCAUGAGUCGUCGUCGGUCCAACUGAUUGCCGGYYAUUGUAUGCGUAUCAGUACCGGUGCUCCGCURCCSGCCGGUUGCGAUGCCGUAGUUCAAGUAGAGGACACCAAAGUUGUKGAACUGAGCKCAAGCGGCGAUGAAUUGGUCAUCAGUAUCGACMAAMUGCCGACAAUAGGUCAAGAYAUCCGACCUAUUGGUUGCGACAUUGAAUGCAAUGGCCAACCAGUACUCAAGGCACUGACAGAGUUGGGACCGAUUGAAUUGGGACUWUUGGCCUCAAUUGGUGUCCAUAAGAUACCGGUUUUCAAACGGCCGCGAGUGGCCAUCAUGUCGACCGGCGAUGAAGUAGUCAAUACGGAWGGCCAACCACUCGGUUCGGGCCAGAUAUGGGAUUCAAAUCGACCGAUACUCAWGUCACUGCUGGCCGAYUGUAAUUGUGWYGAUGAAGUCGUCGAUCURGGUAUAGCUGGCGACCAAUUGGACGACUUGUUUGGCCGUAUGCGCCGCGGUCUCGARUCGGCCGAUGUACUGGUGACCAGCGGUGGCGUAUCGAUGGGCGAACGAGAUCUGCUCAAACAGAUUUUGGCCACCGAUUUCGAUGCUCGGCUACACUUUGGUCGGGUAAAUGUCAAACCGGGUAAACCGGUAACGUUUGCUACCUGUCUGGUGAAUGGCRUCAAAAAAUACAUAUUUGCAUUACCCGGCAAUCCUGUCAGUACUUAUGUAACAUUUCAUCUGUUUGUACGGCCGCUGUUGGACUGUUUGGGACGUAGAGAACAGCCGGUAAACCAUMCMAUCGAUAUCAAGACCUAUCAGCGCUGUWUACCUGUCCGASUGGUUUSUCCAAYACUAGCGGGYUAUCGAUUAGACGAUAGGCCAGARUUUGCCAGAGCAGUGGUGACAUAUGUCGGCGGCGGCGGCGGCGGCGGCGGCAACGGUACAGAUAUACCGACGGCCACUAUAACCGGUAAUCAGCGAAGUAGUCGACUGAUGAGUGCCAGAGAUGCCAAUGCAUUGGUUUUGUUACCAUCGAAGACGACAACAACACCCGAUAAAACCGAUGACUCAAUGGCCAGUCCAWCGACGGCAGUCAUACAUAACGGCGAUAUUGUUACCGCAUUWCUCAUAUAAUAUA